UGGUGUGUAAUGGUUAGGUGGUGUGAAGAGUGUGAGCAAGGUGGUGUGACCAAGGUGGUGUGAGCAAGGUGGUGGUGUUUGAGCGUGUGAGGUAUUGUUUGAUGGAUGGUAUAUUGUGACGUGUGGUGGUGUAUGGUGGUGCGUGGUGACGCAUGGUGGUGUGUGAUGAAGUGUGGCUAGUUUUACGGAUGGGUUCACGAAGGGGUUCGUGAAGUGGGCGCCAGGGGACCACAACUAAUGAACAACUUAACCAAACUCUCAAGGCACCUUCUGCAAGGCCAGGUGAUAUUCUCACUAGCAACGCCCACACACUAUCUGACGUCCAGAGGUAUGAGACGUGAUGACCUGAGACGGUGGACACGGAGGGACAUUUGUGAUCUGGUGACCUGAGGUGGCCACGAAGGAGGGAUAUUGUGACCUGGUGACCUUAAAAUCCCACUUGACUCAGAUCUACAUCAACAUCAUUCUUGCUUUGCUCUCGUCUCCACCUCCUGCUUAUGGUAGCAGUGAUGGCAGAAGACAGCGCAGGUGAAGCACCUUACCCAGGGAUCACUCAACUCCCUUCAACUCUGGCCACCAAGCACAAGCACAGCCUUUUGUCUCAUAGACAACCCAUACAACAACUGUCUCACUACAAAAAAUCUUCUGUAUACGACUACGAAGUCCACGAUGUUUACACCGGUACCCACUUCGGUCAUUCCGAAGCUCGCGAGGGGUAUCAGGCGCACGGCAAGUACUUCGUGCAGCUUCCCGACGGCCGUCUCCAGACCGUGACCUACUACACGGAUGAAACUGGCUAUCACCCUCUGGUGGCCUACGAGGGCCAGGCACACUACCCUCCUCCUACCUCCACAAUCCCACAGCAACUCAAGCCUCGCCUGUCUGAAGAAAAGCUCAACUACGAUUCUAACUCGGCUGACAGUGCCCCGCUUCCCGUCUACAGUGCACGUAACUCUGUAAAGAGCGCUCGUAAACCUGCUUAUGCUGGCCUGAAACAGACCUCUCGUUAUCGAAAUCCAGGAUUUUCCUAUCGUGCUCCAGAGACCAUGUAUUAUACCCCAAAACCAGCCAAUCAUGCUCUGGAACCCACCUAUCAAAACCUCAAGCUCACUGUUCUGACACCUGUCUAUCGUUCCUCAGAGUCCACCCAUCUUGCUCUAAAACCUGCAAAUCAUUACCAAAAACCAACCUACUAUGCCCUGAAAUCCUCUAGCCAUGACUCCAAAACCAUUUCACAUGCCCAGAAACCCAUUGUUCAUUCAGAAUCCAUCUCACAUUCACCAAAACCCACUAUUCUUGCCCCAGAACCCAUUUCUCAUCCUCUGAGAGCUACUAUCUAUGCCCCAAAACCCAUCUCCCAUACCCUGAAAUCCCCAGUUCAUUCAAUAGAACCCCUCUCUCAUGCCAUGAAAUCCCCUAUCCAUGCUCAAGAACCUGUCCUGAAAGCCACUAUCUAUGCACCAGAACUCGUAUCUCAUGGCCUGAAACCUACCGUAGACGCCCCAGAGCCCAUCUUUCAGGCCGUAAAAACCACUAUUUAUGCCCCAAAACCCACCUACCUCACUCAGGAACCUAAUAAUUAUGUCCCAGAGCCCAAGUUCGAUUUUUCAGAGACACUGUUUCGUAGUUCAUUUGAUUCCCUUAAAACGUGACAGAGGGCGCCUUCCUUGAGGAUAUCCACCAAUCAUUGGACACAGUCUUUAACCAUCAUCUGUAAUAAGGUAUAAAUUUAUACUAAUGAGUUUAUAUUUUAAUAUGGUAGCACCUUGCUAUCUAUAUCUAGUGUAUAUAUGUACCCUUAGACCAUAACAUUUAAUAUAUUUAUUUAUGCAAUAUUGCAGUGCUCAUUUUUUGUAUUAAAUA